AUGGCAGACUCCAACCACACAGGCACUUCCUUCUUCCUCACAGGCCUGCCAGGCCUUGAGGCUGUGCACAUGUGGCUCUCCAUUCCUCUAUGUGCCAUGUAUGUGGCUGCUCUGGCAGGAAACAGCCUGAUCCUGUGGGUGGUGAAGUCAGAGCCCUCGCUGCACCAGCCCAUGUACUACUUCCUGUCCAUGUUGGCUGUGACUGACCUGGGCCUGUCUGCCUCCACCCUGCCCACCAUGCUCUCCAUCUACAUGCUGGAAGUCAGGGAGGUGGCCCUGGAUGUGUGCCUGGCCCAGCUCUUCUUCAUCCACACCUUCUCAAUCAUGGAGUCCUCUGUGUUGCUGGCCAUGGCCUUUGACCGUUUUGUAGCCAUCAGCAAGCCCCUGCACUAUGGCACCAUCCUCACGAGUCCCAGGAUUGCCAGGCUGGGCCUGGCCAUUGUGGUGCGCAGCGUCGGUCUCCACAUCCCAGCCCCCAUCAUGCUGAAGCAGCUGCCUUACUGCAGGACUCGCCUGCUGUCCCACUCCUACUGCCUGCACCCAGACGUCAUGAAGCUGGCCUGUGCUGACACCCACAUCAACAGCGCCUACGGUCUCUUUGUGGUGCUGUCCACACUGGGGGUGGACUCUGUGCUCAUUGUCCUGUCCUAUGGGCUCAUUCUCCAGACAGUGCUGUCCAUUGCAUCCAAGGCUGAGCGCCUCAAAGCCCUCAACACUUGUGUCUCCCACAUCUGUGCUGUGCUGCUCUUCUACACACCUAUGAUCGGCCUGUCCAUGAUCCACAGAUUUGGCAGACCAGCUUCCCCUUCCAGCCGUGUGCUGCUCUCUUAUCUGCACUUUCUCACACCUCCAGUGAUUAACCCAGUGGUUUACACCAUUAAGACCAAGCAGAUCCGACUGAGGAUGCUGCACCUCUUUCGCUCAAAUGGGACCAGCAUCAGAGAUGCUCAGGAUCAUUAA